CAUUCCCUUCUUUUUUCCUUUUCUCUUCUUAAUUCUCUGUUCCAUAUCUUCAAGUUUAGAUUUUUUCAUUUAAUUAAUAUAGUUUUUUUCCUUUCUGGAUUUUACUUGUUUUAAAUUUUCUUAAAGGGUUUUCUUUUGAGCUGAAAAUUAAGUAGAUCGGAGAGUGAUAAGUGGUUAGCCUUCGGUUUGCGGAUGCAUGAGCAGUUGUGGGGAAUUCUUGGAUACAUGAAUGCAAGUUAGGAAUUGUAUUACAAGCUAAGGUUAUAAAACAUGAAAACUGAAGGGAAACCACAUUUGAUAAAGAAGCUUGCUGAUGUAAAAUGUCAAAGGGUGGAUGGGUCCGUUGUUCCUGGCUUGGAAGAAGCAGCUCAAGUUGAGCAUUUACUUGCAGAACCUAAUAGUGAGCAUUCAGUAGAUGGAGUGUUAUGUUUUGGGAAGGAAAACUUAGAGAAACACCUGAAAAUGGAAGACUUCUUCUCUUGCGCUCUUGAUUACAGCUGGAAAAUUAAUUGUGGUGAGGUCUAUGGUCAAGGAGGAGAUGAUUUGAAGCUUGAAAUUCUUGAUGGAUUGCUGGAUGAUGUUGAUGAAGUGGACAAUAUUCAAGCAGCCGAUGAUCUCUCUGUUACAUGUGAAGGUUUUCAGUUGGAUAUUGAAUUUCCUGAAAAGUUUUCUGAAUCAGAUUGUGCUCCUCAUGAAGGAUCAAAUUCGCAUAACUUGGAUUCACAAAGUCAUGCCCCCGGGUUUAGUGGAAGUUGUAGCAGUGCUGGUGGCAUAUCAGAAUCAUCAGUUGCAACUCUUCAAGAAUCCAACAGCCAGAAUGGUGUGCUCAGGAAGAUGGUCAGUCGUGAUUUACAUCAUACCUUUAAGAGCAAAUUUGGUUGUCAGGCACCAGUUAUGGACACUGUUCGGCCUACUAUAGAACAUGUGCAAAGUUUUGAUGAGUCUGACGAUGAUGAAAAGCCUUUAGUAAGUUUCAUAUUGUCUACUAAGAGUGUAAAAUGCUCUGUAACAAAAGGUGGCACCCUUUUAAGACAGAAGCGACUGCGGAAGCCUACUAGCAGGUAUAUUGAAGAGUUUUCUAGAAAUUCUACUUCUUCUUCAAAGAAGUGCCUUAAAGUCGGAUCACAAGGAGACCUUCCUCAGGUGGCGUCUGAACUCAAGCGACAGAGAGGACAUCUUAAGAAAAUAGUGCCAAAAUUGGAACUUGAAUCUGAUUCUGAACCCUUUGCAUCUAAAUCUGAAGAUGAACAAAAGAGAACCAAGAGAUCCAGAACGGUUUGUGAUAGGAGGAAGCAUCAAAGGAUGUGGACCCUUGCGGAGGUGAUUAAGUUGGUUGAUGGGAUUGCUCAGUAUGGUGUUGGAAGAUGGACUGAUAUAAAAAGGCUUCUAUUUGCAUCAUCUGCUCAUCGAACACCAGUUGAUCUGAGGGACAAAUGGCGAAAUCUUCUAAGGUCUAGCUCUGCACGUAAACGCAACAGGAGAGAGUUGCAGGGUGAGACUAAGCCGAAGCAUGCUGUACGUCACCUACCAAUGCCUGUGGUAUGCCGCAUCCAUGAACUGGCAACCAUUCAUCCAUAUCCAAUGGCCCGCUGCCCUAAAAAACCAUCUGAUCAUAAUUAUGUUCCUUUGUCCAAACAACCAAGAACAGCUAAAGUCGCUCCGGUUUACUCUCAGGGGAGAGAUUUACGUAGGAAGAAGUGCAGUUAAGUAAUUUGCUGUAAAGCAAAAACAUGCAAUCCAAGUAUAGUUGUAAAGGUGUAUUCUUCCUUGCAUCGCCCUUAACACCUGCCAUGAUCAGCUCAUAUAAAAAUGUACUUAGAUCAUUAGCAAAUAUCUGUUAAACGUUACACCAAGUGACUUAAGCUUAUAUUUAAAU